AUGCCUCCCUCAAAGAAUGCGCCUGCCAAGAAGCAACGCAUAACGUUGGCUCAAUUGUCAGCAUAUGAUGACAUUCUCACCGAUGCCCUGGUUGACCAUGUCUUUUACUGGACAACGGUUCCCAAGAAUCGCACAUCUUACCACCCUUCCCGAGGUGUACGAGAAGAGGAGAUUACCAAAGUCCUUCAGGAGGAAGUUGUUAUCAACAAGGACCUCGAUGCUGCCGAGAAGCGACUACUGAAGACGGACGGACUCAAGAGGUUUUACAAUGGCUUGAGAACAGACAAGGAGAAGGAGGAUUUCAGACGACACUUGAGGCGAUACGUGCAAAUCUACAUGCCCGAUUGCCCAUGGGAGGUCAGCUCGACGAACCGAUACACGAUUGUCUCCCACGAGGCUGCGGUGCAUGCCAGACGGUACAUCAAGCGCAACGAAUCCAUCAAGUACCUCUCAGGCGUCCAGGUCAUCAUCACUCCGGAAGAGGAGAAAGCAAUUUCGAGCCAGAAGAAGGAUUUCAGCAUUGUCGUCAGCUCACGCAGCAAGUGCACCAGCCUCUUCAUGGGACCCGCACGAUUUGCGAACCACGAUUGCGAUGCAAACGCCAAACUUAUGAGGACAAGCCAUGCAGGAAUCGAGAUUAUCGCAACACGAGCGAUUGGACCAGGAGAGGAGAUCACAGUCACUUACGGUGAUAAUUACUUUGGCGACAACAACUGCGAGUGUCUUUGCAAGACCUGCGAGGAUCUGCUGCGGAAUGCGUGGGAGCCUGAGGAGGGGUCAGUGGCGGUGAAGAAGAGCAUCGAGCAGGAAAAGUCGGAUGGAUAUUCGCUGCGACGACGACGAAGAGACGACAGCAUCUCUGGCUCAUCACGAACUCCUUCGGUUACUCCCGACAUGCGGCCACGAGUUCCCAAAGCCACGAGACACUCUCUCCUCGGCCACGCUCGAGAUUCUUCAGCUGCUCGAUCUCCUCCUGCGGAGACUAACAGCCGCAAGCGACCGCUUGAUGCCCUUGCGACACCACCCAAGACGCCCGCGAAGCGUCAAAAGCGUUCAGCUGAGCCAGUUUCCAGGGAAGAUUCAUCCUCGCGCAGUAGCUCUGUGACGGCUAGUGAAUCGUCAGGAAGCGGCGUGGUGGAGACGGAUGUCACUUCGCCUGAGAAGGAGACUCCAGAGCCCAUGGUCAAGACGCCAGUCAUGAAGGAAGCGAUCCCUAUGGCGAUUGAUCAGGGUAGAACUCAAGCAGUCCCCCAGGUUGCACCAGUUUCCCCCCAGAGCACUGAGGGAUCCCGGUCACCUCAGACAAAGACAGAAGCCUCCACAGCAGGGCCGAACGGUCGAAACGGCUUGGAGAGCAUGUCUAUCCGAGCUAUUCUCAACGCUCCGUUGGAGUCUGAGAUGGAACCACAGCCUGAGCCCGAAAAGGCUCUUGAGGCUGUACCCGAGCCCGAGACAGUACCUAUCGCAACCAGCAUCGAGACUGUCGAGGAGGGUCAGGCCGCUGACGAGGAUGAACAACCGAAGCGCCGCAAAUACCAACGUCGCACCUUUGUCAAACAACCCACGCCGCCAUCUCGGGUGCGAACCCCCGGUGAUUAUCUCCUGACUCCACUACUCUUGUCGGAGCCUGAGAUGGCAUGGAUCCAGUGCACUAUCUGCGAUGGAUACUUUGUACAACAGAACGCAUACUUUACACGAUCGUCUUGCCCACGCUGCGAACGACACUCGAAGCUCUACGGAUACAUCUGGCCCAAGACGGAUAAGGCAGGACCGCACGACAAGGAAGAGAGAGUCCUAGAUCAUCGAACGAUCCAUCGUUUCCUAGAUGCGGAUGAUGAGCGACGGGUGAGAGGACGCAAG